CUAAGAACAGAUUUGGGCUUAUGAGACGUUUCCAGUGCUUGACGACGAGGGGGGUGGAGGGAAUUUUUUUUGGAGGGGGAUAUGGAGUAUAUGGAGGACAUCCCGUGUACAUAUCCCCCAUAGAAUUAUCCAUCUGUUUUUUAGUGCAUAAGCUGGUGGGUACACCAAGGUUGUUGAGUUAUUCAUGAUGGUGGUUGUUCCUAUACUAGGCCAGCUUUCAGAUGAUUAUGGUAGAAAACCGUUCCUACUUCUGGCUGUAUCGACGACGAUCUUACCUUACAGCGGAUGUUAUUGAUGAGAGCAAUAGAUUUGCAGUUUUCAGUUGGAUGACUGGCCUCUUUUCGGCUUCCCGUGUCCUCGGAGAUGCCUUGGCGCGUGUUCUUCCCGAGAGCAUCAUCUUUCAGGUUUCAUUAGGUCUCUUGAUAUUCGUCCCCGUGUAUAUGGCAUUGUUUCUAGUGGAGACAAUCAAGCCAACAAGCAGAGCGGAUCAAAGUUUUCCUCAAGUGAAUAAGGCUAAAAGGAUUCUAUGGGAGCGAUACGAAUCUAUGCGAUCUGCUGCACGUAUUGUCCUAAGCAGUCCAACACUGAAGUGUGUCAUUCUAAUUUCUUUCUCAAGUUGGGAGUUUCCGGCAUUGAUGCGGUCUUGUUGGUAAGUCUUUCCUUUUUUGAAAGAUUGAAGGCAUGCGUCUAUUUGAAAAGCAUUUUUUGAGUAUUCUAUCACUCGAGAAUGAGUAUUCAUGCAGAUUUACGAGAAACACCGUACAUCCGGAUGUAAGUUAUAAGUACUCUCUCUUUUUACGACGGGUUCCAUGUGUUUUGAAAAAUAUGCAGUAUUAUUUAAAGGUUACGUUUGGAUUUGACAAAAACCAGUUGUCAGAAGUUCUGAUGCUGGUGGGAAUAGGUUCAAUUA